CCAGACCCGGAAGUCCUGCCGCCGUGGACAUUUUAGCUAGCUUGGUGCUAUUGCGAAAAGCACACGAUCACUUCUGAAGGACGGAAAGAAACACAGCCGCUGGCCGGAGCACUUUUCCUUCUUUUGUACCGUUUCAGCGCGAUAAGAUUACAUUAACAGAUUCACAAACACAAAAGCCUUUGGCCAUGUCGGGACAGAGGAAAGGAGCCGCAGCAGCAGCACGGCUACCCAAAUGUGCCUUCUGCAGAACCAACCGGGACAAGGAGUGUGGGCAGCUGCUGGUGUCUGACAGCCAGAAGGUGGCAGCCCACCAUAAGUGCAUGCUUUUCUCUUCAGCCCUCGUCACAUCACAUUCAGACAGUGAAAACAUCGGAGGAUUUUCCAUCGAGGAUGUGAAAAAAGAGAUCAAGAGGGGAAAUAAACUGAUGUGUUCUUCUUGUCACCGACCGGGUGCGACCAUCGGCUGCGAUGUGAAGACGUGCCGGAGGACGUAUCACUAUUACUGUGCUGUUAAGGACAAAGCCCAGAUCAAAGAGAAUCCCUCACAAGGGAUUUACCUCGUUUACUGCCGCAAACACAGGGAUGCUUCCCAGGAUGGCAUUCAAGAUGAAGAGGGAGCUGUGGCCGAGGAUUCAGACUCGUCGCCUCCACAAAGUAGGGGCAGGGGAAGGUUUGAGAAGGGGAGGGCCAAGGCGGGAUCUCGCGGCCAGUCAGAAGACACACGCUCUACCUCGUCACAGGCUGCAGAUGAGGAGAGCUCCUCUCACCGGGACAGGUCACCUCUCCGGACCAGCCCUGGAGACAGCGGCCAGCGCUGCGGCUUUUGCCAUGCUGGUGAGGAAGAGAAUGAAACAAGAGGCAUGCUUCAUACGGAUAACUCCAAAAAAGUGGCCGCACACUACAAAUGCAUGCUUUUUUCAUCGGGGACGGUACAGCUGACCACUACGUCACGGGCCGAAUUUGGAAACUUUGAUGUGAAAACUGUCAUCCAGGAAAUCAAAAGAGGCAAACGAAUGAAAUGCACACUGUGUACUCAGCUGGGUGCUACCAUUGGGUGUGAAAUCAAAGCAUGUGUGAAGACCUACCACUACCACUGCGGCCUGCAGGACAAAGCCAAGUAUAUUGAAAACAUGGCGCGUGGGAUUUACAAGCUAUACUGUAAGAACCACAGUGGCAAUGAGGAGAGAGAUGAGGAGGAUGAGGAACGAGAGAAUCGCAGUAGAGAGAGAGCAGCAAUCGACCACAGAGGAACACCAUCAACACAAGUGAAUGGCAACUAAGGCGGGUUCAAUUUUAACAGGUUUGGCCCAGUCGGUGUGACGUAGGAAGAAAACCCGAAGAACGCAAGACCUCGGAGAGAAAUUUUUUUUUGUUUGUUUUUCUUUAUACUAAACCUUAGCCUACUCACAAAGUUGUGGUCUACAAGCUCCCAAAGUGUUUCACAUGGACAGGAUGCCUCCAGUGUGCACCAGAUGUCUUCUUCAUGAAACCCUUUUUUUAAGAGUUGAACAGGAUGACCGGUGGUACUCGGCAGUGCACUGGACUGCAAAAGCAUCAUAACAAGCCAAGGCUAUUCUUUCCCAAGUUUCAGCUAUUGAACCAAUUUUGAAAAACACAUGUUAAUGUCGGGGAAAGGAGAUGAUGAACUGAUCUUCUGAUUGUCACUCACUGCCCAUGUUGCCACAAAUGACAUGACCCACACUUGUUGAACGUCAAAGCGUUGUUUCCUCUUCCCUAGCUUCUAAAGGACUCACUUUUAAGAGGGGUCUGUUUGUUACUAGUGUCGAUGACGUCGUGCAGUUUGAUUACCUUGUUUCUGUAAUCGCGUCUUAAGAAUACUCUUUUCAUGUUAGCCUUUCUUUCUUGAUAUGUAAUAUUUUGCUACUGUAUUAUCAUCAUGAGUACUUUUGAAUAUCUGGAUUUCAGACAGUCACAAUUACAAGUUUUGCCAGCAUGCACUUGGAUUUUCCCACUGUUAAAGGUGGCAUUUUUUUAUUUAGCUGCUAAAGGGCCAAGUAGAGCCCUUUAGAGGAGUUGGCUUGACUUUGUUUGAUGUACUGUUACUUGUAUCUCUACAAAUGUAUCCAUGAAUGAUUGGAAUAGAAAAUAUUUUUAUUUUACACUUU